AUGACAGCAAAGACGAAACAAAGCUGGAAUAAGGGGAUCUGGGAAAACGGGAAACAAGGUUCACAUCAGCAAACAUUUCUACCGAAAAUCUGGGUAAACAUUUAUAGUACCCCAACAUCUUAA